AUGUCCAACAUCAUCCAGCUGCUGACUGGAGAGGUUGCCUUAAGGACUGAUCAUGUUUCCAUCUAUUUUUCCUUGGACGAGUGGGACUAUAUAAAAGGAAACAAGGACCUUUAUGAGGAAGGGAUGAAGGAGGAGCCACAGCAGCUCCAGUCACUGGGUUGUGAGUAUGAUGAGAAGAGCAAUGCAAAGGCAAAUGUGGCUGAAGAAGCUGCGUUUCUUACAGACUGGAAUCCUCCACAUACCGACACUCUUCCAGCAGAACUAAUUGGACCACAGUGUGGUAUUAAAAAGGGGCCGACUUUAUGUGAAGGUGAAAACCAACCAGAUUGCAGCAUUAACCCACUUACAGAACAGAUACAGGAAACAGAUACACCUACUCCUAUCAUGGGAUGCAGCCUGAAUAACCGCUCUGAUAUUAAUCACAAUGUAUUUGGUAAAAAUGUGUAUAUAAAUACCCCACAUGCGUCCCACCUUUUCAAACAUCCUUCCGAAGUGAUCUAUAACUGCACUUCCUGCAUUAAACGUUUCGGAAACAGCUAUGACUUUGUCAGGCAUCUGAGAACUCACACAGGGGUGAAACCGUUUUCUUGCUCUGAUUGUGGCAAAUCUUUUACUCGUCGCUCAAAUCUGAAUGUACAUUGUAGAACUCACUCAGGAAACAUCCCACAGAGCCAACAGCACACAGCAGCAAAUGGUGUUAAAGAUGCAGCAGGUUUGUAUGAUGGAGCAAACCAAUCAGAUUGCAGCUUUAAUGCACUUAUGGAGCAAACAUGGGGAUCAGAUACACCUACUCCUAUCUUGGGAUGCAGCCUAAAUAAUAACUUUUCAGGUAAUUAUAUAUCAGUUGCUUCUAAUAAAGAGCGUCUUUCAUCAAAACCGAGAAACCAAUCAGAUUGCAGCUUUAAUAUACUUCCAGAGCAGAUUCGGGAAACAGAUACACCUCCUGUAAUGGGAGGCAGCAAGAAGAUCAGCUUGUCCUCUAAAUAUAUAUCAGUUUCUAUUAAAGAGGAAACAGCUUCAUGUGAAGAAGGAAACCAAUCAGACUGCAGCAUUAAUCCACUUACAGAACAGAUACAGGUAACAGAUACACCUAUUCCUGUCUUUGAAUGCAGCCAAGAAGAUGGAUUGCCAGCAAUUAAGCUCAGUGACUACAAUGAAAACAUAAAGAGUUCCCCCCUUACAUCCCAGCUACCCAAUCGUGCCAUACAGAUGCUGUACACCUGUACCGAAUGCCAUAAACAUUUUACAAAGAACGAUGAUCUGAUCAGGCAUCAGAGAACUCAUUCAGGGGAGAAACCGUUUUCCUGUUCCGAAUGCGGCAAAUGUUUUACGCGUCGCUCAAACCUUAAUGCACAUUUUCGAAUUCACACAGGUGAGAAACCAUUCAUUUGUUCCGAUUGCGGCAAAUGUUUCACUCGCAGCUCCCUGCUCAUCAUACACAAGAGAACUCACACUGGGGAGAAACCAUUUACAUGUAGCGACUGUGGGAAAUGUUUUACAAAUCACUCAGAUCUUAAAAUCCAUCACAGAAUUCACACCGGAGAGAAACCAUUCACUUGUAACGAAUGCGGCAAAUGUUUCACCCAACGAGCGCACCUUCGAGUGCAUCGCAAAAUCCAGAAGAUUUGUAAACGAUCCUACUUUGAUGUGAGGACUCUCGUUUCUGAUCCAAACUGCACUUUCACAAUAAAUGUGUAGACGAGGAAGCUUAUGACUUUUGUGGACUUCACUUACACAUUAGUGAACGGAACUGCCACGUGGGGCAUAGAAUUAGGAAAAUGCUUUGUUUUCCUGCUGAGAGCCAAGUAGAAAAAUUAGGGAAGCACUAAAUCCACUAUUUGCGAUUCAGCCGAAUUCCCAAAUCUUUUGUGAACCAAAUCCGAAUCUUAAUUUGCAUGUGCAAAUUAGUGGCAGGAAAGGAAAAAUUGGGAACAAUUUUUUUUUUUUUUACUUCCUUGUUUUGUGACGAAAAUUUGCAUGAUGUCCCUCCCCGCUCCUAAUUUACAUAUGCAAAUUAGGAUUUCGAUUUGGCCAGGCACAAGGAUUCAACCAAAUCCGAAUCCUGCUGAAAAAGGCUGAAUCCUGGAUUUGAAUCCUGGAUUUUGGUGCUAGUAAUGGGGAAAUAUAGAGCAAUAUAGGACUGGAAAAUACAGGAAUGGACUGGACUCACGGUAUUAUGAGGUCUCAUUCACAUUUAGGCAGUGAGGAAGUCUGAUCUGAGUGAAUUGGAGAGUUGCACAAGGACUUGACAUACAUAACAAUAAACAGGAUUUCCCCCUACCUGGAUGAUAAAAAUGUAAAAUCACAUUAAAUAUUGAUAUAUGUGAGCUUUUCCAUGUGCUUCUAGUGUAGACAGCUGAGAAAUGUGUGAUGGCAGAAUAUCAUGUGAUCCCUAGAGUGCAAGCCUAUCCCAUCGACACAUUUGCAAUGAGGGAUGCGUCCUGGUAACUGGUCUAGAUAUGUCGUUUAUGCCAACCAAAAUCAGUAUGACUCUUCCCUCCCAUGUUUAUAUUUUGCAACCCCCUGAAAUGAAAGCCUAAAAUUCUACAUUCAUUAAUUGUAAGCUCCUUUGAGAUAACGAGGUUAGCUUGCUGCCAUUGCUUCCUGCGUGAUCAAAACCUUAUCUCCUGAGCCCUCCAUGCUGGGAGCAGAUUAACCACCACGUAUUUCUGUAGUGACAUUUACACACUGACGAGACUCAAGAACAUCUGUGUCCAGCCUUAUACUCCUGAAUGUAAUGAGUAAGAGAGUACAAGGCAGACAGAUACCCUGAGUUAUACAGGUAGACUUUAUUAUGGCUAGUUGUUACUAUAGAAGCAGAUAAUUAUCAGCAGAACCUGGUGUCACUGUCCUUCUCUCUGGGAAUCGGACUCACUAGAUAUUAGUGAUCAACUUUUUUAGCAGUGUAUGAGGAUCUCAGUAUUUGCCUUAUAAGAGAUGUACAUGAAUUCCAUCGUUGUGUUAUGGUAAUAAAAAUAAUUUGGGUCAUUUGAAAAUC